AGGGCGAAGCCUGGGCGUCCGGGUGCCCACAGCCAUGCUGUGUCAGCAGUGGAGGUGCAGGUGGGCUCAGCCCUGCGCCCUGCUCCUGCUUCUCUUAGGUCCCCAGCUCCUGGUGACUCAUGGCUGGCAACCCCAAGGGGAAGGGAAUGGUGAAGACCAAGCAACCUUGGAGCUUUACUUCCCUGCCACCGUGGAGUACGCCGUACACGUAUUCAACCAGAGGAGCCAGGACAGGAAUGCCUACAAGGUGGUGCGCAUCCUGAGGUCGUGGAAGGAGCCGGCAAAUGGCAUCGUGUUCUCCACGGAGCUGCAGCUCGGCCGAACCAGGUGUGGGAAAUUUGACGAAGACAUUGACAACUGUCCGUUUCAAGCAAGUCCAGACGGGAACAAUACCAUCACCUGCUUCUUUACAAUCGACACUGAACCCUGGAGAACAAAGUUUCAACUCCUGAACAACACCUGCUCGGAGGGCUCCCCUGACUGAGACCACA